UUUUUUUUUGCUCUGCCUGAAAUAGUCAUUGUUCCCCUUUUUUAUAUCAAUCUCUGGAAAUCAAAGACCUGUAAGAAAUGUGAAGGGUGUCAGUAGGUUUACAAAUCAUGAUGGUCCUACGGGUCACUACCCAUUGAAUUGGCAGUUGUUUAACCUGGAGACUGAAGUAGAUUCAGUCAUAUUUUUCUACCUCAGAUAUGCAGUAAGCACAACUUUGUUUUUUGACGUUUAAGACAUUCCAAAAUUAAUCUAAAGCUAAUUUGAACUAUAGAUAUUCUUAUUGUGCUCAUCUUUUUUUUUUUUUAUCAUCAGUAUAUAUUUUAACAAUGUUGAAACUGACUGGUGUUUUAAUUGAUGAGUAGGAAAAGAGAACCCAGCAUCAACUCAUGAGUUGAUUAAAUAGUUGACACAUAUAUUGCCUGAACUGGCAAUGCUACUUAAUUGUACAUAAAAAUGUAUUGUUAUACUUUUGCAGCUUAAAAUAAAUAUUUAUGGCAAUAUUAAAUGGUAGUUUUGUAAAUAUUUUCUCUGUGCUAUUUUGCUGAUGCAGUAUACACGUACUCUUGCAUUAAAUAUUAAUAAUGUCAACCCCAAAACAUAUGUCCAUUCUCUGAACCUUCUUAAACCAGCUUUAGAAGUGCAUGUUUUAGAGCAGACUCCUCUCAGGGCUUAUGGUUUGAAAUGUCUACCUUAUGAAGAGCAAAACCUAUGGAGGAAAUUAAUUUUUUAGCACUUUUCCCCCAUAUUCUUAUUUUUUUGCUAACUGCCAAAAUGUCUUAACCAUAUGUAUGUGGACAUGAAUUAAUUGAUAAAUGGUUAGCUUUGUCUAAGGACUUGACCUUGUGCUUCACCGUCACUCAAAACUACAACAACCCACGUUGAAAUUUUUUAAUCCAGCUUGUGUUCUCCUUGCCAUCAAUCAUGAAAACUACCCUGAGUUAGUUAAACCAGUAAUUGGAAACCAGUUAAUGGAAAACUGUUAUCCUAUGCUCAAUUUAAAAUAAGCCUCCUUUUUUAACAUAAACCAAUUCACGGCUGAGGCAAGGUUAGAUAGCAUUGCACACCAGGCAGGAACCAGCUCUUAAUGCAGUAAGUGCCAGGCUACUGCAUGCUAUCAACAAGAACAUGUAAAUGAUGCCCAUAACAGGAAGAGAUUCGAUUCUGUAGAACUAUGGCUCCGAACUCGGCAUCCCCAACCCCUAAGAGGCUGUGGCUAGUUAACCGUUGGCUCUUUUCAGUAGGUAUGGCAAUCUCAACUGUAAAGAGUGUAGCGUGUUUAUUAGGCGUGGCGACAGUCGCUAUGGUAACUGUAUGCAUUGAAACAGUACCUUGUCAUUUUGUCAAGACCACGCGCUACAGAGCAGUGCUUCAAAUGGGUUCUGGGUGGUCGUCACACACUAAGAAAACAUCCAUAGCCGGCAGGCGAGAAAAAGGGAAGCGCCCGGCAGAAAAGACAUGUGGAUUUCAGGCAAGCUACUUGAAUGUACAACAGUUAUGGGAACGUAUUAAUGAACAGGCCUUACAGGCUUCUGACAUCUGCAAAUAUGAUGAGAUCCAACAGCACCCAAGUGGGUGGAAAACUGUACGAGUGUUUGUCUCAUCCACAUUUGCUGAUUUCCACUCAGAAAGAGAAGCGUUGGUUAAGAAGGUGUUUCCAGAACUCAGAGAAUGGUGUGAAGAAAGAGGAAUGUAUCUGGUUGAGUGUGAUCUACGUUGGGGUGUCCCUCAAGACUCUACUUCUUCUGUUGUGAUAGAUACAUGUUUGGCAGAGCUGGAACGGUGCUGCCAAGAGACAUGUGGUCAACCAUUUUUCAUAAGCAUGCUAAGUGAGAGAGCAGGAUGGUUUCCAGCGGAUACUGAUUUGGAUCAGGAUCUUUCUAAGCGAUACAAAUGGAUAUCGGGUAUGUCAAUCACUGGAAUGGAAAUCUUACAUGGGGCACUCCUUGGUCUUAAUCCUAAUGCUGCCUUCUGCCUGCGCCAGCCUGACUUUCUCUCCAUGCUUCCACCUGCUUUUGAGAAAGACUUCAGGGAUGCAGACAACUGGAGUAUAGAGUUUCUCCAAGCUUUAAAGGAUCAGAUUCAUCAGAAGUUUCCUCCUCAGCAGAUUUUCAAAUAUCAGUGUACAGUCUCUGGACUUGAAGAAAGUUCUGGAAUCAGCAAGGUGCAACUGUCAGGGCUUGAGCCAUUGUGUUCAUGGGUACUUGAGUUUCUAAAAAAUGCAAUUCAACGAAUGUUUCCAGAUCACACUGAGACACUGGAAAACAGAAAAAGUUCACUGCCAUCUUGGUAUCGCUCCCAGCUCCAUCAGCACUCUCUCUUUAGUGUGCAGAAGUCUCGUCUGGUGCUGGGCCGUGAUAGAGAAGUGGCAGAUGUGCUGAAGUACCUGCAGCUGGGUGUUACAGAACAUCAGGAAGACAUGUCAAUGCAUGAAAGUCCAGAAGAUCCUGAAUCAAACAAGCCUGGGAGACACUCAUCUACAAGAAUACCACCUUACCUUAUGGUUGCUCCUCCAGGAACAGGCAAAUCAUGUCUCAUGGCCCAAUGUGUCUUUGAAGCACAGAAGAUACCUUCCUUCUCGUUGUUUUUCCACUUUGUAGGAUGCUGCCCUGCCUCCACUGAGCUUACCAAUCUUGUUGCAAGACUUUGUUGUCACCUGACUCCUGAAGAGGCUGAUCAAAAAGAUUUACUAGAGAAGCUUAAGGAAGCAGAUGGAAUCAGUGCUCUGAAGUCAAUUUUGAGGGACCGACUUGAUGAUCCUGUCAAUUUAAAGAGGCCUUUGGUGAUUUGUAUAGAUGCCUUCAACCAGAUUUACCCUUCACAAGAUGCUGAGGAACUGCUGACAUGGCUGCAAGAUAGCUCCUUUUUUCCUGGCAACUGCCGUUGUGUCAUCACUACCGCUUCUUUGACUCCUGCGCUGACUUUGGUUACCACUUUGGUCCAUGAGGUGAACCCACUCUCUUUGGAAUCUGCACGAGAGCUGGCUACAACUUAUCUGUCCCGAUACAAUAAGCGGUUGAGUUCUAGGCAACUGGAACUGCUUUUGUCAAAGCGCAGCUCACUUAGCCCUUUAUGGAUGACCCUAGCCUGUGAAGAGCUACGUUUAUUUGGUGUCUUUGAGAGAGUGACCCACCUAAUUCAGUCCUUUCCAGAUUCUCUGGAGGGAAUUCUGGGAAGUAUCCUGUGCAGGCUUGUAGGAGAGGAUGACUCUGGACUACUCAAGGACUUUGUGUGCAUUCUCCAUUGCUCACGGGAUGGAGGGGUUCUGGCCAUUGAUGUGCAAGGUGUUUUGGGGCUCAAAAGAGGUGGUCAGGCAAUUUCCUCAAUGGAGUGGGCUCAGCUUCAGCGUUCUGUAAAGGAAUUGCUGCGCAUCAGUUAUGAUUGGAAGGGUCGUGACAUUGUAACUUUUUUUCACUCUUCAGUGGCUCAGGCUGUGGGAAGUUGUUUUUUUGGUAGGCAAGAAGAUAAAAUUAACUACAUGUGCUUGCUAGCUGAUUACUAUGAGAAUAACUGUCCUGACGCUGCUACUGUCACCAGUGAGUUGGUUUGGCUGCUGAAUGAAGCUGGUUUGCAUUCAAGACUUGUCAGCUUUCUAAGAAAUGACCAAAGGGCCUUAAGCAUCUCCUGUCACACUCGUUUUUCUUACAUCAGAAAGUUGCGGUGUUCCUGGCAUUGUCAACCUGGAUCGCAGACGAAACGUGCCCUCCUUUGCUCCAGCUGCUCUGUCCGGACACGGGCCUUUGGGCAGCUAUUUCUCAACAGUCAGAGUUGUGCCAUCUGUGGUCAGGUUGCCAGGAUGAAGCCACAAGAAGCCUAUCUUUGCAUACAGCACAGCAGAUUUGGCCCACCUGAAUGUUUGGUCUGUAAAAAAAUAAUCUUACCACAGCCUCCCCCAUUGCCAGCAGUGUUGUGCCACAUGUGUGGAUUCACUCCUAGGUGUGUUGCACUCAAUGUUUGAUAAAAUGUAUCCAAAAAA